UGUGGCUGCUGCGCUACGCUCCAUUGCCCCCCGGCUGGGUGACGCGGAGGUCAGCCCCGCGCUGGACUUCCUGAUCGGGCGGGGGCUGGCGGACGAGGAGGAGAAGGUCCGGGAGGAGAUGGUGGCGGCGGGUAUGUCCAUCCUGGACUGCCAUGGCGCCGUGCACGCGCCCCGGCUGCUGCCGCUGUUCGAGAGCCACCUGGACCGCAAGGGGGGUGUGCGCGAGGAGGAGGAGCGCUUCGACCUGGUCAGGGAGGGUGUUGUCGUCCUGCUGGGCACCAUCGCCCGCCACCUGCCCCCCGCCGACCCCAAGCGCUCCGCCGCACUGGACCUGCUGCUGGGCGUGCUGGGCACCCCCUCCGAGUCGGUGCAGCGCUCGGUGGCCAACUGCCUGCCGCCGCUGGUGGCGCCGCUGGCAGCCAACACGGAGUACACGCAGGGUCUGGUGGACCGGCUGCUGAAGCAGCUCACGUCCGGCGGCUCCUACGGCGAGCGGCGCGGCGCUGCGUUCGGCAUCGCGGGUGUGGUGAAGGGUCUGGGCAUCAGCGCCAUGCGGAACUUCAACAUCAUGGAGAGCCUCAAGGCGGCGGUGGAGG